AUGCAGCGCGCGCAACACGCCGCCGCCGCCUGUUGUUGUCGGGCACAACACGUCGUGCGAACACCAAACAAAGUAACUGUCGUUCAAAACACAAAAAAGAACCGCCGCCAGUUUCUCUCGUCGUCCGCAUCUUCUUCCACCGCCGCGCUUUUUCUCUUCCUCGCAACAACAACAACGACGAGUUUUCCCCAGAACGCCGAAGCGUCGUCGUCUGAUGAAAAAGAAGGUGUCAGCGAGAACGGAUUACUGCUGGUAAACUACGUCGGCAAAUUGAAAGACGGCACGGUGUUUGAUACCACGUACGGCGGUGAAAUCGUGUCCACGUCGGAGAAUUCCGUCUCCGUUCGCGAAAGCGAGACGCAACCCGUCGUGAUUAAUUUAGCAGCAAACGCUGUGCAACCAGGACAGGUAAAAGGCUUGAAACGAGGCUUAAUCGGCGCCAAGAGAGGCGAAACGAGAGAAAUUAUGGUCAAAGCAGAAGACGGAUUUGGAUCGAGUAGCGUGGUGUCUCCGUUGAGAGUUCGAGUGCCGGCAGAGAGCGAGUUAUUUUACACCGUGGAGGUGUUGCGCGUAUCGAACACCGGCGUCGACGAUUUAUUCAAAGGCGUCUCGCUGUGCUCCGUCGGCGUGGCGAAUAAGACCACGGCGGGCUGUAGCGAUCUCUGA